GGCGUGGUCAGGCUGCCGUUGGUCACCCAGAGGAGCAGCGGCGGCGACGACGGAGAGAGAGAGAGAGAGAGUUUGCCGUCCGGAGGAAUUCCGCCAUCACGGAUUUCUUGUGGGACAAGCACAGUGGGCUGGCUGCGAAGGCGAUGCCUCGUUUGAGGCGGUACCGCUCAUCAGACCGAGAGAGCCGGGAGAGUUACCACGACCGUUACCGGCGAAGCAGGCGGGGCAGGCGGAGGUCACGGUCGAGGAGCAGCGACCGGGACAGGCGGCACAGGAACGAGAGUUACAUGAGGUCCAGAAGCAUCGGCGACUGCUCGUGCGACAGGCGACUGUACAACGAGAGGAGGUUCUGCGAUGCGUACCGGGGCAACUACAGCCGGGACCAGGGCGACGGCUACCACCCGCCGGAGUACUGCGCGCGCAACUCCUACGACUACCGGCGCUCGCACGAACGCGGCAGGAGCUACAGGAGUCGGAAGAGCAGCAGACGUAAGCACAAACGACGGCGCCAUCGAAGCAGGUCAUAUAGCCGCUCCUCCUCGCGGAGUCAUCAGAGCAGCAGGAGGGCCAAGAGUGUGGAAGAUGACAACGAGGGGCACCUGAUCUAUCGCACCGGCGACUGGCUACAAGAACGAUAUGAAAUUGUUAGCACUUUAGGUGAAGGAACCUUUGGCAAAGUCAUAGAAUGCAUUGACCAUCGAAGGGGUAGCUCUCGAGUGGCCCUUAAAAUAAUAAAGAAUGUGGAGAAAUAUAGAGAGGCUGCCCGUCUAGAAAUCAACGUGCUGGAAAAAAUCAACGUACAAGACCCCGAAAACAAAUUCCAAUGUGUACAGAUGUUCGACUGGUUCGAUUACCACGGCCACAUAUGUAUAUCGUUUGAGUUGCUGGGCCAGAGUACCUUUGACUUCCUGAAGGACAACAAUUACUCACCGUACCCCAUCCACCAAGUGCGGCACAUGGCCUUCCAGACCUGCCACGCCGUUAACUUUUUACAUGAGAACAAGCUCACUCACACUGACCUUAAACCCGAGAACAUUCUUUUUGUAAAUUCUGACUCCGAGGUUGUGGGUAACGUGGAAAAGAAGCGAGAGGAGCGAGUGGUUAAAAACACGGCCACGCGGGUGGUGGACUUUGGCAGUGCCACCUUCGACCACGAGCACCACAGCACCAUCGUCUCCACGCGGCAUUACCGGGCGCCGGAGGUCAUACUCGAGCUCGGCUGGUCCCAGCCCUGUGACGUGUGGAGCAUCGGUUGCAUCGUCUUUGAAUAUUACCUCGGCUUCACCCUGUUCCAGCCCAUCCCUUUCCGUUUGCAGACCCACGACAACCGUGAGCACCUGGCCAUGAUGGAGCGGAUCCUGGGCCCCAUUCCCGCACGGAUGAUCCGAAAGACCAGGAAACAGAAGUAUUUCUAUCAUGGCCGCCUGGACUGGGAUGACAACAGCUCGGCUGGAAGAUACGUGCGGGAGAACUGCAAGCCAUUGAAACGUUACAUGAUCACCGAAACAGAGGAGCACUGCCAGUUGUUCGGCCUGAUCGAGAGGAUGCUGGACUACGAGCCCUCCAAGCGCAUCACCCUCGCCGACGCCCUGCGGCACCCUUUCUUCGACCUGCUCAAGGCCGAGCCCAAGAGCACAAAACCCUGGGACUCCAACCGUGACAUCAGCAGAUGACCCAGACAGAGCAGAGCCGGGGGGACCUUGGGGGGGAGAGGGAGGGGGAGAGAGAGAGAGAGAAAGAAGAUCCUUUAUUUUGUUUAGCCUAACUUAUUCCUUCUGACUGCUACUCGCCUGGGACCCGGGACUCUCGCUGUCCUGCCCCCUCCACCACUGCCUGGAUCGUCGGGGGAUGACGGAGGAUUUGGGGGGGGGGUGAACGCUGUCUGAAAUAAACAUUUUCUUUUGUUGUUUGUUGAGAGGCGCACAAACUGUGGGGUUGUGUGUGUGUGUGUGUGAUGGGGGGGUGGCUGCCUCUUGAGCCUGGGCGGGCUUGCAUGCCUGUAAACUGUGAGGUCUACUCCCACCCCCACCCACAAAAAAAAACCUCUUGCUCAACACAGCCCUGACCCUCCCCUCUCUGCCCGACAGAGACACACACACACAGACACACAGGACUAAAUCGGUACUCUCCCCCUCCCCCAAUUAUCGGAAGCGUUUGGGCGGGAUUCCCCCCCACUCCCCGCCUGCUCAAGCCAUUGACCCAGCUACAGGUAGUGUUAAAUGGUGGAGAGACCCCCCCCCCCCACACACACACACACAUUCAUGGUGACCACCACAGCCUCUGUGCCACGAAUCUUGGCUUCCAUCUCGUUUACACAACUUCAGCGGGCAUGCUCUAGAUAAUCGGAUGGGGGGGACAGACUGACGGACAGACGUCAGAGGUUAGGUGCUUUUUUUUUUGUGAUGGUUUAAAAUAGGUUUAUUGGACAUGUGUUUUUUUAUAUAUAUAUCUAUAUAAAAUAAAA